AUGGAAAUGUUUGCUAAACGUCGCAGUGGGGUUGGAGGGCUGGAGGAGAGUGAUCUGAGCUCAAUUACCGAAAAGGAACUCAGCGAGUGUGACAAGGAAAAGUUGCACCUGUUGGGCAAUAUCCAAGAUGGAGCCGGUCACGUCUUGCUCUUCUCUCAUUCAGACGGUGAGAUUGUGGCUGCCGACAUGAAAAUAGGUCAAGUGCCCUGGAUACGAAUUCCAGGCACUCCAGAGCUGGACGGAGUGCCAUCCCCGUCGGACAGGUUGGAACCUCCGAGAAAAGAGCGACGAGUGGAGCAAGGCAAUGAAUCCUGGGGUCAAGGCGAGGGCGAGGUUGUCCCACGGACCUUGCUUGGGCACAAGCUUCAGGAAUGUAUUCCGAGCAAGUUAUACUCGAGUACACAAGAUGCCAUUGAAACUAUGAAGAAAGCCAUGUCGCAGCGCACUUUUAGGUUUUUCAACCCCGAUGGGAGCCAGAACUGGGCAAUCAGUCUCUCGUCCAGCAAGGAAGAUUUCUCAAUUAUCUGCAUUGAGAUCGAAGAGACCGAAGACUUUGAAGGAGGUGGAAACUUCUAUAACACGCUCAUCUCCCUGGGGAGAGUCAUGGAAUUCUAUGCAGAUGAGAAAAUUCUAAAGACGGCUUGUGAGACUGUCUUCAAGCUUUUGGAGAACUACGAUCGAGGCAUGGUGUACCAGUUCAAUGAUGACCUAUCAGGAGAGGUCAUCUACGAAAUCAAAAAGGAUCACAUUGAUUCAAAUUACAUGGGAAUGCGCUUUCCUUCCUCCGAUAUUCCUCUGACAGCCCGACAGCUCUUCAAGAAAAACGGAUUACGGUAUAUCUACAGUGUAAACGCCGAAUACAAUCCUAUUGUAGACAGUGGGAAAUGCGAGAUUGAUCUGACCAAUUGCAGGAUGAGGGCCGUCUCAAAGCCUCAUAUUGUUUAUCUGAGGAAUAUGGGAGUGACUUCCUCUCUCGCCAUUUCAAUUGUGGUGGAAAACGAGUUGUGGGGACUGCUAGCCUUUCAUGGCUACACAAUGCCGUUCAAACCGUCGCUCCAUCAAAGGAUAGCCUGUGAAUCGAUCAUGUCCAUGGUAUCUGUGAAAGUCGAGUCUAUCAUAAGAAAGACAGAAAGUAGCCGCGUCAUCGAACUCUCGGACACCCUCAUGAAAUGGGAACAAAGCCACAGCGUUGCUUUCAAUCUGCUGAACAACAGCGAUAACCUCUUGAAGGUGUUUCAAGCUGAUGUCAUUUGCGGUCUCAUUACGGAUCCUCUCAAGGACGAAGUAGAACGAAUUGUCCUAGGAGAUAAGUCGUUGGCACCAACAGAAGACAGCUUCUGGGAACGAUUCGCGUCACACCCCAAGCGCAAAAUAGUUUCAAUUCACACUCGGGAGGAAGUAUCCGCCAUUGGGUUGACUCCGGUAGACUCGCCCGCCUCGGGCUUCGUGUACUUCCAAGACAACCUGCUGAAAAUAAUGAUUGGAAGGGGGCUUCGGGUGAAGGAUGUCCGCUGGGCUGGAAACCCCGACGAACCAAAGCUCAGGAUUGGAGGCAUUCUUUCACCUCGGCACUCUUUCGAGACUUUCAUGGAAAAGGCGAGAAAAGAGACGAGAGCCUGGACUUCCACCGACCAUCACGUAAUCACCACUUUCAUGGACCGAAUCUGUGACCAUUCACACAACAGAAUGGCGACGCUUUUGAAAAAUGACAUUGAGGAGGCGAAUAUCAAGUACUACAAUGCUUUGGCAAGAUCUGAAGACAACACGUUGUUCUUCGCACAAAUGAGCCACGAGUUGCGGACCCCCUUUCAUGGCGUGAUGGGAUGUUUGAAUCUCAUGCAUGACAGUUUUGAAGCCAUGUCAAACGAAGAAAUUCAAGACAUGAUAAACACUGCUUUAUCAACUGGGAAUCACAUGAUUGGGCUGCUCAAUGACAUCCUCAACAUCAGUAAGGAUAAGCAUGUUAAGAAGGGUCUCACGUUGGAGCCGGUUUCUGUCAAAGCGUUGGCGAUGAAUCCGAUCGAGAAUCUUCAGACUGUAGCUGCUGACAAAAAGAUCACCCUGGAUUGCAACGUAAACGCGGACCACGCUGAUCGGGUAGUGAUGACGGACAAGAAGAAGUUCAUGCAGAUCAUUUCGAACAUUGUGAACAAUGGGAUCAAAUUUUCGGAACCUGGUACGAUCGACAUUCACGUUGACCUUUUGGACUCUAUGAUUCAAGCCGUGGACAAGUGGGGGGCAACUGCCACUUCGUAUGCUGGGACCGUUUUCACGAUGACUGAAGACGAUCUGUUCGACUCUGUGGAGAAUGCAAGACGCAAUGUGCUUCAGCUUGAGGGGGAGGACAAUCGCAAGUGGAUCCUUGCAUCGGUUGCUGACCAUGGUUGCGGCAUGAAGCCUGGUGAACUGGCAGAAAUGCUCAAGCCUUAUACGCAGUCCAGUAAAGGCAGCAACCGAGCAUUCCAAGGGACGGGGCUGGGCCUCUUUAUUUGUGUGUCAUUGUGUCAUCAAUUGGAUGGGUUCAUUGCGUGUUCCAGCACACCAAACGUUGGUAGUGUAUUCCACGUGGGCAUCCCUGUGAAGAUGUCAGACGUCGACGAGAUGCUUGUAGACGACAUACCCAAAGAGGUAAUAGCUUCAUAGAUAAUCAGCAUUCAAACUGAAAAUGCACCGUGCUAAAUAAGUACACUGCGCCAAUAGAUCUUUCUUCACAAAGCAUAGCAGUCGUAUU